GCUCCGCCAUGGCCCCGCUGCUGCGGCCCUGCGCCCUGGCUCUGGCUGUGCUCCUGCUGCCCGCCGCCGCCGCGCAGGACGUGGCCGGAGAUUGUCAGCAGUAUACAAACAGGACUUGUGAGGAGUGUCUGAAAAAUGUCACUUGCCUGUGGUGUGCCAGCAGUGGGAGGUGUGUGGAGUACCCGGUCCGCAGAGUCCUUCCCCCGGGCGACAUGUGCGAGCUCCGCUCUGCGCGCUGGGGAGUCUGCUGGGUGAACUUUGAAGCUCUGAUCAUUGCCAUGUCUGUGGUGGGAGGAACAAUUCUGAUCGCACUGGGCAUCUGCUGCUGCUGCUGUUGUAAGAAAAAGAGCAAAAAGCCAGACAAGGAUGAGGAGAGAGCAGCCCGGGAGCGGGAGAAGAGGCGGGUACGGCAGGAGGAGAGGAGAGCAGAGAUGAAGUCACGGCACGAUGAAAUCCGAAGGAAAUACGGCCUGUUCAAGGAAGAGAACCCUUAUGCAAAGUUUGAUAAUUAACAUCUCCAGCUGUGCCUGCCCUGCAGGACUCCACACUUCCCCUGCUGCCAGGAGCCCAACCAGCUGCCACAGCAGAUGAGCCAGGUGCUUGGGGACACCAUUGUCCCCACUCCAGGUGCUCGGUUUGCUCCCAGAGCUUUGCUCAGUUCUGCUGCUGCAGAAAGAUGUGGUGGCCACAUGGGAGGAUGACACCUUUCUUCUCACUCACCCCUGGGAUGGUAACAGAGUCCAAAGCAAUGCAAAUAACAGUCUUUGUCCCUGGCCAGGGGCAAAAUUGACCUUACACAUCUCUUGCCACACACACACAGAGCCAGGCUCCUCUGGCUCUUCUGUCCUGCAUUUUCCUUUUCUACUUUUACUAUGGUCAAAAGCCAGUAAGUCUCUUGACUCACUGGUCAGUGAGAGGCCUUGUCUGUCACUCGACGUGCCUGUACUUGUGCCAGCACACCAGCACUCCUUUCAAACAGCACCAGUUUCUGGUUAUCUCAGGUCUCCAGGAGGAAGGUCCCACGUGCACAUUCUCACUUGCAACUAAUGUGGGGAAAUGCCCCAGUGACUCUCCUACCUCUGUGCCUUCCUAGAAGGGUGGUCUCCUGGGCCUGAGAGCCAUGGCUGAUAGCAAUACUGUAGGAUUCUCAUGCAUUUACAGUAUGUUGAUUAUCUAUUAAACUGAUUUGAUUACUGUC